AUGGUUUAUGCAAUGCCAACAUUGUUUCGUAUGGCAACACCACAAGCAACAACAAUUACAACAACAACAAUCGAAGCAGUAGCCGCACUUGCAGAACAACAAGAUACAAUGCCAUUAAAUAUAAUACAGCACAAACAACACUUGGCACGUGAUGAUGAUUAUGAUGAUGAUAAUGACGCAGGCGAGGUAACUAAACCGCCACCGAAUUUGAAAAAUAUUCAACAAUUAAGUGAUAACAGUCCUAUUAAAUCUUUUAAUAAUGAAUAUGCUAGAGAUAACAAAGGCCACAAAACAAGAACUAUCAAUGUAACCCAUUUACCGAACUAUUUGCUACACAGUAGUGAUAAUAAUCACAACAACAAGAAUAAUAUUAAUAGUGGCAAUAAGGCUACGAAUGAAUUACAGCAACAUCAGAGUGACAACAAUAAAAUGUUGAUGACAAUGACUUCAAGUGACGAACAAAUAUACAAUGCUCAACGUUUAAAAAUUUUAAAUCUUAUAUCAAACAAACGUAAACGCAAAAAAGUCGAUAUAAUGGAAGUGAAAAAUGAUGAAGUUACUUUUCGUAUAACAACUUCAUUAAUAACACUUUAUAAAAACCAGCAUCGCAUCGAUAAUAACAAAAACAAUUUUAAUAACAGAGAUAUAGCAACAUCAUCAACAAGUUCAACAAGAGAUGCUGUUAGCGGAACGAAUGUUAUAUCUACAACAACAUCACCAUCAGCAGAAUUAAUCAAUAAUUUUAAAAAUUUUUUAUCAUUUAAAUUUUCAUCAUCACAUCACACAGCUAUAUUAUCACGUACCGUACGCAAUGCGCGUUCCCAAGAUCCAACAACAACAAUAACCUUAAAUAAUAAUAACAAAAACUCUAUACGCCGUACUAGUAGUCAAAGUAAUGGUGGUAAUAUAGUUCGUAGAUCAUCGGAUAAUAUUGGUAAUGGUGUUGUUGGCUUGAAAUCAAAAAGACUGAAUAAUUCUAGAAACAUAAACAAUAGCAACAAUAAACAACAACAAACAAGUAAUUUAGAUCGUAACGAACGAUCUACAAUAUCGCAUCUAUCAGGACCAGCACGUAAAAUACGAUUAUUUAUUAAGAAUCGUUUCCUGCAACUCAUGCCGGAUGGUACUGUGAAUGGUACACUGAGUGAACAAAGUGAUUACAGUUGUAUAGUCCGCUCAAAUGGCUUAAAUAUUCCCAUAUAUAAGGAUCGUAAGACCACACUUUAA